AUGUUCCUACAUCGCAGCAGAGCAGAACAGGCAUCUUGCAAUCACCUCCCACAUACGAGAAAAAAACUCUCUGUCUACCUAGCUAGCCGUAGCCAUGGCUUCCAACGCGAGCAUGUUGGCCAUGAUCAUGGCGUGCGCGCUCCUCCUCGCCGGCAGCACGUGCCAUGCCGCCCGCAACCUGGCCGACACGACGCUGGCAGCUGCCGCUCCGGCUGCUAGCGCCGUCCCUGGACUGCCGGCCGUGCCGACCUUACCCGCCGUGCCCGCGGACACGGUCACCCUGAUGCCACCCAUGCCGUCGGUCACCCUCCCCACCGUGCCGCAGGUGACCCUGCCGCCCAUGCCAGCCAUCGUCGUGCCCAAGACUGUGCUGCCGCCGAUGCCCAAGGUCACCCUCCCCACAGUGACGAUGGCACCGAUUCCCGCGAUUGUCGUGCCCAAGGUGACGCUGCCGCCGUUGCCCUUCGUCCCGAAUGUGAACGUGCCUAUGCCGUUUGCGGCGCCACCCCCAUCGGCGUAGGCGUGCCCACGCGGGGCGGCGAUCUGGCCCUGUCCAUGAUGUAUUGAUGGGGCGCGCCUUCCAUGUGAGAGUGGCGCCAGGUCACUCCGUGGUCACGACGCAUAUGUUCUUACAUGCAAGCUCUGCGUUUUAAGCGUGAUGUAGCAGUAGAUCCUACAGUUUGUUUACGUCUCAGUGUAUGUACUCUUAGUCUGUUGCUGCUAGUGUUUGACUGUUGAGGGGCCGUCCCAUGUCUAUAUGUAAUUGUUUACCAAUGACAAAAGUUUCAUAUUUUCUGUGA